AUGUCCCUCAACCUCGAGAAGCAGCUCCAAUUCGUCAAUGUUGCUGUGCACAUCAUCUGCGUGCCGCCAAUCUUGUUGACGGCCUUUUUACUGCUCACGAACACCCCCGCCGUUCCGCUACCGUCAUGGCUCUCCGUCCCGAACCUCCCCCUUAAUGUCGGCACGGCAGCUGCGACCUUGUAUUCGACCUUGUACAUACUCAUGGAGCCUGUAGCCGGAGCCAUGCUCGCACCCUUUCUCAUUGGUGCGACCGCUGUUGCCAACCACCUGACAUCGACGUAUGGUUCCACCGCCAACUACUGGGCAGUCGCAAUAAACAUCGCCUGUUGGAUAGCGCAAUUCAUCGGGCACGGCAAGUUUGAGGGAAGAGCUCCAGCGCUGCUCGACAACCUUGUACAGGCCAUUUUCCUCGCUCCGUUUUUUGUGUGGUUCGAGAUCCUCUUCUCGCUUGGCUACCGUCCUGAGCUGAAGCGUCGCAUCGACCAAGCCGUUGAGCAGGACAUCCAGAAAUUCCGGAAGAGUAAGGAAAAGCAGAACGGCUCUGCUAAAUGAGGAAUACCUAUGUUGUGUGCACACUGUAUAAACCACCACAAGAAGCCGGCGGAUCCCUCGGAAGGCAAGGAAAGAACAGAGGUACGGAGAGUUGGAAGCACGUUUAGGAUUUGUGAAGAUACCGAAGGCGGACAUAGCAUUGCAUUGGAGCACUAGGCGUUUGAAGCUGCAUGACGAGUUGGCUGUUAUUCUUUUGUUACACAGAUGACAGCCGUGCCGAUGCGUCAGUGUAUUGAUUGCGGGAUACCUAAUUAGAUGAUUGGUCUGCUUCUCGCUCCGAGUUGACUGCAAUAGUUUGGAUAGGUAGUAGAAAAUGAAAACAAACUGCACGACG